UGAAGAGGGACACCUUGUGUACCCAAGAAACCAAACAGGAAUGACACACCGCAUCUGAAAUCCGGCACUUUUUUUGGUUAUUUUUUUAUUAGGUUGUCUCGGGAACAGUCAAGCCUGCCUUUAUCUAAACUUUAUCUUCUGACUUUUUAAAGAACUCCAAAGGAGCCGUACUGUAACACCCCCUUUUAAAGAUCCAGCGUCUUUCGCAUUUGGAUACACAGAGUCAAAAGUGAGCGCGCUCUUGUUGGUCUUGACAAAACUCUCUCUCACACACAAGCGCGCGCGUGUUUGGAGUGCGCUCGGGGUUUUCUUCUCCACGCUUUUCGUGUUUCGGGCGUUUUUUAGGGUGAGGGGGACUUUCAUUCACCCGAAAAAAAUGCCACAGUUGUCGGGUGGUGGAGGAGGCGGCGGGGACCCGGAGCUCUGCGCCACCGACGAAAUGAUCCCGUUUAAAGACGAGGGAGACCCGCAGAAGGAGCAGAUCUUCGCAGAGAUCAGUCACUCCGAAGAGGAGGGAGACCUGGCGGAGAUCAAGUCAUCUCUGGUCAACGAGACAGAAACCAGUCCCAACAGCAACAGUCACGACGCAGCUAGACAGUCCCAAAUACCACCAGACUCUUACCAUGAGAAGCUUAGGGACCAUCCGGACGACGGCAAGCAUCAAGACAUGUACAGUAAAGGGCACCCAUACCCCAGUUACCCAGGAUACAUCAUGAUGACCAAUAUGAACAAUGAACCUUAUAUGAACAACGGCUCUCUCUCGCCUCCCAUUCCCAGAACGUCAAAUAAAGUUCCAGUGGUCCAGCCGUCUCAUGCGGUUCACCCACUCACACCUCUAAUCACAUACAGCGAUGAGCACUUUGCCCCGGGCCCACACUCGGGACACCAUCCCCAGGAUAUCAACCCCAAACAAGCAGGUAUGCCCAGGCAUCAUCCUGGACCUGACAUUCCCAAUUUCUACUCCCUCUCCCCUGGAGGAGUUGGACAGAUGACCCCUCCUUUGGGAUGGUUCUCCCAUCACAUGGUACCAGGCCCUCCUGGACCCCAUGCAACGGGAAUCCCUCAUCCCGCCAUCGUCAACCCGCAGGUGAAGCACGAGCCGCAACACGAGACAGACCUGAUGCACAUACCCAGCCCCCACUGUUAUUAUAUGGAAAAAGAGUGGCCAGAGUGUUCUUCGAAAAUCCACAUUUCCUGUUCCAUAGAAGAGAGUAAAUCAUAUGGGUUUGGAACAACAUUAGGGAAACCUCAUCAUGAGCAAAGAAAGGAGCAGGAACCCAAAAGACCUCACAUCAAGAAACCUCUUAACGCUUUCAUGCUUUAUAUGAAAGAGAUGCGUGCCAAUGUAGUGGCUGAAUGCACGCUGAAGGAGAGCGCCGCGAUCAAUCAGAUCCUGGGCCGGAGGUGGCAUGCUUUAUCUCGAGAAGAGCAAGCUAAGUAUUACGAAUUAGCCCGCAAGGAACGGCAGCUCCACAUGCAGCUCUACCCAGGAUGGUCUGCCAGAGACAAUUAUGGAAAGAAGAAGAAGCGGAAGAGGGAAAAGAUCCAGGAACCUGCCCCAGGUACAGGCCAGAGAAUGAAAACAGCGUACAUCUGAACAAUGGAGGAAAACGAACCACUUUUUCCUCUUGCAAAGCGAAGACAGCAGCUACAGGCCCCCUUUUAGAGAUGGAAGCCUGCUAGACUCCUCAACUUUUCACCCCUUCAUCACCUCUUGACCCCUGCAGAAUUUCCAGAGGGUCCCGGUCCCUGAAUCUGCUCCUUGGCCGCAGGCGCUGCUGUAGAGACGUUGAACUGAGAACUGACAAUCACCAACACAGGCCCGUGAAUAACUCGUUUGAACGCUCCUUUUCAUUUCUGUCCUUAUUUCACUCCCAAACGCCUAAGGCAUUGCACUGAUUACGUUCUUCGACCAUUUGUAAAACACACAUAUGGCAACAUGUAAACACAUAUGUCCCUGCACCUGUUCCUAAGUUAUUCUAAAUUAUUUGGCACCUCUGUGUUUUUGUGUUAACUAUGUCAAUCCCUCACUUCCUUUCAUGCCCCGUAAAAUGUACUAUCGCAGUGGCUUGACAAACCUCACGACACUCUGUCGCAACAAUUAGGGAUCAUGUUGCCCUGGAAAUCUAGGUUCUGUUUUCACACGUUGGUGCAAAAAAGGAUCAACAUUUCGAUUUAUCUCUUACAUCUUGGGUUCAAGUUUAUUUUGAAUGCUUUUUUAUUUCUUGGUGUAUAUUUUAAGUGAUUUUUGUAUUUUUUAUUAUUAUAAUUUUUUAAUAUAUAUAUAUAUAUAUAUAUAUAUAUAUAUAUAUAUAU